GCCAUGUUAGCUUUUCCGCUCUCGUCAGCAGAGGUUUAGUGUAAAAAAUGUGAAAAUGUGUAUUAGUUUUAAUGUCUGGUAUUAAAAUGUCUGCCAUUAAAAAUGUCUUCUUUUGAUGGGAAAAAAUCGUUGUCAUAAAAAGUUGACAGACACCCAUUCUUGCGUGUGUUUUUUUUUUCUUUUUAGCAAAACCUAAUUAGGCUAGGCCCCAAUGUUAGCCAAGGGGGCGAGUGUUGAUUCGGCAGGCUCCAGGCCUGUGGGUGAAGAAUUAGAUUUUAUAAAGACGCGUCUUAAAUUGAACCCCUCUUAUAAAAAAUGUUAAAAUUAAUUAAUGUAAACCGUUAUAAACCCACUAACAUUGUUUAACGUUACGGAUACUAAACUAUAAAACCUGUCGUUGAUAGAGGCCUGUUGACACAAUGCAAUAACAAUCGUGUGGCGCAUCCGAUCCUUGUUUUUUGAAAAUUACUUCUUUAGUUUCUUUAAAUUUACCACGUUCGUUAUUCCAUAUAAUAGUUUGGUUGGGUAUUACUGGUUGGACAGUGGUCCUAUACUGAAAGUCCAUAUGGAAUAUGACAACUUACCUACAUUUUUAUAAUAGUUGAGUUAUAAUAAUAAGCGGUUAUUUUUUUCCGUUAUGUGUUCCUACAGCGAACUAGCCGAUUGUACAAGGUCAGAGCCUCUGUAAAAUAACUAAAUGUGGUAUAGGUAUGAUGACAGUUGGUCCUUUAAACUUUCUGCCACAGAUCAAAGGCACCAUUAUGCCAUAACGUCCUAACAUAAUUAUGCAUGAACAACUGUAACACAGUCGAACGUACAACAUAGUUGGCUUUGAACAAUGGCCAACAAAGAGCAGUUAAAUAUCCUGGAGCUUUGUGUUUGUGUUUACUCACUCUUUGAGCAAGCUGUAACAUGGUAAUGGAUGCGCCACUCUAAACGAAUGCGUUCUCCUGGUAUCUGGCUUGAUGAGUACCAGUGGGAGGAGAGAAUGGAGUGUCGUAAGCGAAGAAGACAGGAUUCACACAGCAGCGAGAGGGAAAACAAGUCAAGAAGAACCCACCGCAACAAUAGGACAUAUGAGGGACACUACCUUGAGUCCCGCAGUCUGAACCAGAGACCAGACUCUGGGGAAAGACGCACUUGGAACCACAGCCUAGACUGUGAGGAGGACAGUCAAGGAGGGACCUGCAGGGACAGAGACCUUGAUUGGCACCACUACAGCAAGUCAUCAGGGCGGAGUGGUCGGAGUGGGCGCAGCAGACAAAGCAGUCGGAGGCACAGAGAGAGAAGACGCAGGCGUAGUCACUCUCGUCACAGGUCCUCCUCGAGGAGGAGCCAUCGCCGCAGGAAGAGAUCCAGGAGUGUUGAGGAUGAUGGCGAGGGUCACCUCAUCUAUCACAAUGGAGACAUGCUGAGGGCGAGAUAUGAGAUUGUGUGUACUCUAGGAGAGGGUGCCUUUGGGAAGGUGGUUGAAUGCUUUGAUCAUGCUAAUCACGGAGCUCGAGUGGCUCUGAAGAUCAUUAAAAACAUAGAUCGUUACAGAGAGGCAGCGAAGUCUGAGGUAGAAGUCCUGGAACAGCUCAAGACCCUCGACUCUGACAAACGAUAUGCAUGUGUGCAUAUGUUGGACUGGUUCGACUAUCACGGCCAUAUCUGCAUUGCCUUUGAACUGCUAGGUCUAAGCACAUAUGAUUUUCUCAAGGAGAACAACUUCAUGCCGUUCCCCAUUGAGCAGAUCCAACACAUGGCAUACCAGAUCAUCCGAGCUGUUCGAUUUUUGCAUAGGAACAAGCUCACUCACACAGAUCUGAAGCCAGAGAAUAUUCUCUUCAUUAACUCAGACUACAACAUGGAGUACAAUGCUGAAAAGGUCAUUUUUAAACGUGAUGAACGAACACUGAAAAACCCAGAUGUGAAGAUUGUGGACUUUGGUAAUGCCACAUAUGAUCAUGAACACCACACGUCUGUUGUGUCGACUCGUCACUACCGCGCUCCUGAAGUCAUCUUGGAUCUAGGUUGGGACCAUUCCUGUGACGUCUGGAGUGUUGGCUGUAUACUCCUCGAGUACUACCUGGGCUCUACCUUAUUCCAAACCCAUGACAGCAAAGAGCACCUUGCGAUGAUGGAAAGAGUCCUUGGUCCAAUUCCCACAGAGUUGCUGCAGAAAACCAGGAAACGGAGAUAUGUUCACCGUUCCAAACUUGACUGGGAUGAGCACGGUUCUGGAGGCAGAUAUAUCAGAAAACACUUGAAACCCCUGAAGAAUUACAUGGUAUCUAAAGGUGAGAACCACCAGCAGCUUUUUGACCUCCUGGAGAAGAUGUUGGAGUACGACCCAGCCAAGCGUCUUAGCCUUGAACAGGCCCUCCAGCAUCCUUUCUUCUCCUCCUACAGAGUCGGCAGCAGCAGCAGGAGUGGCAGCAGCAGGAGUGGCAACUGCAGCAGUAAAAAAGACUGAGUCCCUCACCUGGCAAAUCCGUUACCUUUGACCUGCAACCUCAAACCCAGUCUGAUGACCACAGUGAUGUUGACAUCACCAUGCGGAGUGCUUGGCCAGUGCUUCCUGUCUCUCCAAGAGAGAUGUGCAUUAACUGACUGUAUCAGUCCACUGCCCUUUCUUACGGCGUGUGCUCCAUGUGUUCAUGUGUUUAUUUCUGGCCUUUUGCAGUUUUUGUUUUUCAUCUGUUUUAGUGGAAUGAUUUUCUUCCACAUCUAUUUAUGUUUGUCCUUGUAAUUUAAACUGUAUCCAUGAAUAUGUAUGCUUGUAGCCUUAAAAAAAAAUCCUCAUGACUGGUUUUUAUCAUCUAUAUCCUGUCAUGUAGCAGACCGAAAACUGCAUCUGUGUAUCCAUUUUGGCAUUAAAGUGUUAUUCAGCAUCGUCCAUUGAUUAAAAAAGUACUGCAGGCAAAACACUUGUAUAUAGAGUUUGUUAACAUUUGUUAAACUUUUCCAUUAAAUAUGUUACAUUUUUCAUUGUCAUGUACAGUUUCUCAAUAAAAUUUAAAUUGUUGACA